CCGUUUAUCGACGGAAAAUUUCCAACUUUCGUUUUAUUCAGGGGUAGAAAAAUAUUGUCACCACAAAGAAAGAAUUUUAACGCCGUAAAGACGUUAAUUAAGGGAGCAACAUGAACUGAAUAUUUAGUUAGCAGGCUUGUCCGAUAGAGCUAUGGGGAAUAACAACACAACUAGUAGUUCUGUAGAUGAGCCAUCAAACACAGUCCUCUCGAGAUUACAGUCAGCUAUGGCAACAUCAGAUUCUCAGUCUCCAUCCAGAAAGUCUAAGACUAUCGGAAAUAUUAAAGUCAGCAUCAUCAAUGAAAGUUUCGUUAGGCAGAAGGCAGAUGUAAUCGUCAACUGUGCAUCUGCUGACCUUGACCUCACCAAAGGUCGUGGUGCUAAGGCUCUUGCUCAGACUGCAGGUCCUGAUGUACAGGUAGAUUUGAACAACAAUUACUGUCAAGACAUAAAUGAAGGUGAUGUGGCAGUUUCUGUGCCUGGAAAUCUGAAGUGUCGUAAAAUCUACCAUGUGUACCUAACAAAGUGGAAUCACAACACACAGGGUUUGCAGAAGGUCAUUACAAACUGCUUGACAAUGGCAGACAAGUUCAAGGUGAAAACCAUUGUGUUUCCAAGUCUGGGGACGGGUUACUUGAAAUACCCGUAUGAUGAGGUAACCAAGGCAGCGUUCACGGCUAUAGAGGUAUUCACUAAGACUCACAGGUCUUCCUCUAUUGACACCAUUGUAUUUGCUGUGUAUGACAAAGCUACAUACAAGGUAUUUCUACAAGAAAUCCGACAGUUCAGGCCGGGAUCACACUCCGCAGGAGGCCAGUCUUCUAGUUACUCAGCAGGAAAAACGAGCAGUACGUGUGUCUCAGUACAGUUUGGUCAAACUGACGUGGAGGUUGUAAUGGGGGAGCUUCCACAACAAGAGGUGGAGGUAAUAGUGAAUAGUGCACCUUUUGAUCUAAAUCUGUCUAAUGGAGGCCUAUCUGAGGCACUGCUCAAGGUCGCAGGUGAAAGUCUCCAGGAAGGAUGCACUAAAAGUUACCCCAAUGGAAUUUCCACUGGGCAAAUACUGACCACUAAAGGGUACGGUCUGUCCUGUAGUUAUGUCUACCAUGGCUGUCUACCAGACUGGUCAAACACAGAUCAUGAGGUGGCAAAAGAGGACCUGUUUGGAUUCAUGAUGGGAUGUUUGGAAGAGGCAAACAGCUUCAGUGUCAGAUCCAUAGCUUUUCCAACCCUAGGAACUGGUAGCCUUAGCUUUCCUGCAGAUGUUGUAGCGGAUGGCAUGAUUAACUGUGUGAAGGAGUUUACCGAUGAUUGUCCACAAACUACACUAACUUUGGUCCGAAUAGUGAUCUACAACAAGGCCCAGAGUGCAGGAACUUUACAAAGGGCUUUCAAAAGUGUGUGCCAACCUUUCAUGCCUUCCACACCACCUCCCCAGCGUCCAACUGUACAGACUCCUGUUGCUGUGCCAAGCCCUAUGGUAGCUACACCAUCACAGAAGCAUACACCUCCACCAAAGGGAACACAGGCAUAUUUCAGCUAUAUGUACGAACAAGCACCAGUGUCACCAUCCUACUGGACCAAGUACAACAACAGUAAACCCCUCAAUAUGUGGAACCUACACCUGGCUCCAACCACAUCUAGCCAUGCAGUUUUCUUACCUGUUGAUAAAAGUGUGUACAGAGCCAUAGAAAAUGUUGUCAAAAAGUCAUGGGAUGCAGCACAUUUUGGACAUGGGAAUGAUGCACAAGGUUUGGCCCAACUUGGAUAUAGUAAUAUUCAAGUUACAAAUAUCGAACGUAUAGAAAAUCCAGUUUUAUUUGAAAAGUAUGCACAAAAUCGGGCACAAUUUUUCCUCAAGGCUGCCAGACAUGGAAAACCAUUGAUUCCAGUAGAACACAUUCCAGUUUCAUCAAAAAAGCCAGUGCUUACAACACAACUGUGUGAUGCUAACAUCUUACAAGACAUCUACCCAGAGAUUAAUGAGCAUUAUACCUUUCAUGGCACGCCUGAAGACAAAGUUGCAGUCAUUACUGCUCAGGGUCUGGACAACAGACUGGCUGGAAACACUGUUAUUGGACAGGGUGUAUACACAGCCGAGAGCUCCACCAAGUCGGACCAGUAUGCAGAUUAUGUUGGAAAACGAGACAAGAAAAAAGAAAAGAAGAUGUUCCUGACUCGAAUAUGUCUUGGAGAACCAUACCUUUUAGAUAAAAAACCAACAGCUGCUUUCAAACGCCCUCCCUGUAAAACUUGCAAGAAAGAUGUUUGUGCUGACCAGACACACAAUGGAAAUUAUGACUCCAUGAUUGUGGAGAAGUUCUGGAUCUUUCGGGAAUUUGUUGUGUUUGAAAAAGACCGUUGUUACCCAGAAUAUCUCAUAACAUACAAAAGAGUGUGAUAUACUUUUUACAGCAAAAUAUGUUGAUGGAGAUUACUGAUAAUUGUUUGAUCAGAUAUGAUAAUGAUGUGAUUAAAUUGGAGACUGGAUUCUGAAAUCAGGUACAUGUUAAGUUAGACAAGAUUGAGCCAUAUUUCUGAUUCAGCCACCACUAUAUAAUGUA